AUGUGGGUAGUGGAAUAUGAUUCCCGCAACCCCAAAUUAUACCCCGAAGACCCUCCGCGAGCACUCGAUUUCACCAUUCUGAGUGACCCUUCACAGUUACCCCUCCAGAAGAACCUCAUGGCGGUUAAAAUCUUCAUCACGGGUGUCACAGGCUACAUAGGUGGUGACAGCCUAUACGCACUGUACCAGAAAUACCCGGAGUGGGAAUACUGUGCUCUGGUCAGGACGCAGGCAAAGGCAGACCAGGUCCAACGACAGUAUCCCAAACUUCGCAUCGUCCUGGGAGAUCUGGACGACUUCGCCACCCUCCAGGAAGAGAGUGCCAAGGCUGAUAUAGUCCUGCACACGGCAGAUGCGUCGGAUCACGAAGGUGCGGCCAGAGCCAUUGCCGCCGGUCUCGCUGAGGGCCACACGCCUUCUAGCCCCGGAUUCUGGCUGCAUACUGGCGGCACGGGUAUCUUGACCUAUGAAGACUCCAAGAACAAUCGCUUGGGCGAGUGGUCGACCAAGGAAUACAACGACCUCAGCGGGGUGGAUGAGCUGACGCACCUCCCUGAUGAUGCGUUUCAUCGCAACGUCGACAAGAUCGUCCUCGAAGCGGGAACCAAAUAUUCCGACAGAGUCAAGACGGCGCUGGUCUGCCCGCCCACCAUCUACGGCAACGGUCGGGGCCCUGUAUCCGGGCGCUCUCGCCAGGUCUACGAACUGACCAAGCUCAUUCUCCAAAGGGGUUACACGCCCAUUGUGGGCGCCGGCAAAGCGCGGUGGAACCACGUCCACAUCUACGACCUGGCCGCAGCCUUUGUCCUUCUGGCCGAAGCUGCCGUGUCCAAGAACCUGUCCGACCAGAUUUGGGGCGCCAGGGGCUAUCAUCUGUGCGAAAGCGGAGAACAUGUCUGGGCCGACCUGGCCCGGAAGAUAUCCGCCGUUGCAGCCGACAAGGGCUACAUUCCCGCCAACCCGGCGGAGAAGCAGCUUAGUAAAGACGAGGCUUUCGAGGUGGCGGGCUUCGAGGCCGUGAGCUGGGGCUGGAAUUCGCGGGGCAAGGCCGAGCGGUUACGCAGGUUUUUGGGCUGGGAGCCCAAGGAGAAGGGUAUUGAGGACGAGGCGGACGGCAUACUGGAGGCGGAGAGAUCGAGAUUGCAGGGCAAAAUGCCAUCAUAG